UAUACAUAUUUUAUUAACUAUGGCUUGUUCUUUAGCUGAAUGUGUUUGUGCCAAAAAGUCCACCUGCUCGUGCGGGGCCAAACCUGCUUUGCAAUGUUCUUGCUCAAAGGCUGCUACUGAGAAUGUAGCUCCUGCUGCUGGUGAUGCUUGUUCUUGUGGAAAGAGAGCAAAGAAGGCUUGUACUUGUGGGGCGGCUGGUGACUGUGCCAGAGAGGGGGAAACCGACUUCACUAAUUUGAAGUAAACUAUUUAUUAUAUACUAAUUGACAUUACAUUU